AUGACUCCUGUCAUGAAGCUGCUAGAUGGCGCGGCGGAAGAGGACGCCGCAGGGCUUCUGAUGCUCCUCGUGAAUGUCGGCGACAGUGUUAUUCGGACACUGGUCGAGCAUCCCAGUGCCAUCCCUUCCCUGGUCAGGAUUCUCAGGAACGGCACCGCCCCAGCCCAGGCUGAUGCCGCGGGUGUGUUUCGCAACGCCUCCCACUUGGAAGCUUGCAGCAAGCUCAUGGCGGAGAAGGGCGCCAUCGAAGGGCUCGUGGACUUGCUGAGAUCACCGGGUCCGACCCGACAGCGCAGGGCGGCGGGCGCCCUCGCAAACUUGGCAUCCCACAGUGAAGAGCUUCGGGCUGCCGUUGGGAAGGCAGGCGCCAUUGGCCCCUUGGUGGAGCUGAAAGCGUCCGAUCACGACGAUGUGGCGGAAGCCGCUGCAGACGCCUUGGACAACUUGAGGUUGAACGAUGCUAACAAAGAGGAGAUCAAGGCCAGCGAGAAGACAGCACCAGAUGCAGAGCCAGAGGCAGAGGAGCCCAAGAAGGUCGCAGACCAAGUGCAGGAGCCUGCAAAGGAGCAGCCGACCUCAGAAGCCUCUGCCAAGGAGGUGGGCUAUCCAACCCCAGUGCCUUGCCAGAGUGUUGGCCUCCCUGACGGUGCCGGUGCGAGGCUGGCGAUGUUUUCCUUGCGCUUCGACAAUGGGCCUAUAGAGGCAAAGUUUCGCAGAGUGCACCAACUAUUGAAGAACCAUAAUUUCAACGUGCUCAUGGUUGACGCGGAUGCUGGUGACAACUUUGGCACGAUGACGAUGGAUUACUUGGACGAGCUUGUUGAGAACAAGGGUGUACAAAGCACUAUGGCGAGAAGACAGCGUCUCCGUACAGCUCCUUUCAUGAGCUGCGGUAUGCCCAGGAUUAUCAGCUGGACGUUUUGCCGCUGA